AUGGAAACAGAUUCUUCGGCUAUAAUUUCGAUCGAGUCGGACGAGGAGAUGGAUGCUGUUACUGAACCGGAGGUACCUACCUCCACUCUUAGCGCGAAAGAACCAGAGAACAAAGUACCGAGCAACAUGGAGAGUGGUUCCAAAGCUCCAAUGGUUCCAAUGGUUCCAGACAGCGUUACGAACAAUGAAUCCGCAAUAGAGUCCGAUAUCAUAUGCCUAGAUGAUGAGGAGAAGGAAACUAUUGAAGUUUGCGGUGAGAGAUCCGCUGAAAGCUUGUCUGCUACGGCAACUCCAAUGGAGAUGGAUGUUACAAACCAGACCGAAACAGUGGAAAAUGAAGAUAUCGGAUUGAAGGAAAUCGCGAAAAACGUCGAAGAGCAAGGUACAUGCAAAAUAAAUCUUCAAGCUAGAUUUUGCUUCUGACAUUUUCUUUCAUGUGUUUCAGAUCGCCAACAUACCGAUCCACAGUCGGAGCAAAAACUAGAGUUAAUGGAAUAUGAGAAAACAGCCAUAUUAGAAGUAGACAAAAAGGAAACCACAACUGACACUGCUGUUGAAUCUAGCCGUGAAACACAGGAGACGGUGUUUUCUUAUAAAAAUGAGGAUGAACAAGAGCAGCUAAACAUCAAACAGCGUGCCCAAAAGUGUGCCAAUAUGACAUGUGGAAAAAAGCUUUCGGAACUAUACGAUGCACCGGUAUUUGCGCAGACCCUGUAUAAAAUCCCACCGAGCUAUCAGCUGAAACUCAUAUGUCUCGAUUGCUAUGACUUUUCUAUUGUUCACUUCGAGUCUCUGUGCGCAUCGCUAGUAAAAGAAGAAUCUCUGUACGCAAAGAAAAUUCUGCAAGACCAGGCGGAAGAGGUACACACGGUGUUGGAUAGCAGCGAUGAAGACGAAAGCAACGAACCAACUGAAUCGAUGCCAAACAAGCUCGAACCAGCAUUGCCAGCAGAUGUCAUUGCUUUGAUCAACACGGAUCUGGACGAUAUUGUUGAAUCGCUGUGGGAAAAGUACGGCGCUAACCAGGUGACAUUGUACAAUGGGGACAUGCUUCGAGAAGCUCAGGAAAAUGAAGAGACAUCGCAUCGCAUCGAGGCACAGCUCAAAACAUUGAAGGCGACACUACAAUCGAUACAUGAAAAUAUAUAUAGCGUUAGAACGACCAAGAUCGAUACGCCCGAGCUCAUCAUCGAGGAUGAUGUGAUUAGUGAGUUUGUCGCUUACGACCGGUUGCUGCGUAUGCUGAACACCAACGGAACGGUUCUUAUCAGAGAGCCGGUCAAAGUUAAUGAAACAUAUUACGGCGUCUACUCCACGAUACUGGGCAGCUGGAUGAAGUGUAAAGUCGUGGAUGUGUCUGAAAAUCAAGUUUGCACGGUACGGUUCCUCGCAGGCCAGAUGAAAAAGUCCGUACUGUCGACGAGGCACCUCGCUUACACUGUUGCACCACAGGUAAAGCUAAAGCUUGGUACACGCAUUAUUGCCAAGGUUUGCUCAACCGUGGGUAAGGAACCGAGUGGCACGUUCUAUGCAGGCACGGUGCUGGAAUCGGUCAGUGCUUACAAUAAAUUCCGGUACCUCAUCAUCUUCGACUUUGGCCAUACACUGUACGCAUCGCUGACGGAUGUACGAGUCGUGUGCGAACAGUCGAAAAACAUCUGGGACGAUGUGCAUCCACACUCGCGAGAGUUCAUCCGCAACUACAUGCAAACGUGCGGUUCGUUGCGACCGAUGGUUCAGGCCCAGUGCGGCCAGCGCAUGAUGGUCGAAAGGGAUAGAGAAUGGUUGCAAGGCAAAGUGACCGAAACGGAUAGUAGCCUGUUUCGAUUGUACUUUCAGGACCUGGACAAAUACGAGUGGAUUUAUCGUGGUUCGAAGCGGCUUGGUCCGCUGUACACGACAGGUACGCCAAACAACAGGUUUUCACAGUUCCAGCGACGAAACGAACCUUCCAUCGAGUAUAUUACGAUCGAGGACGAUGCAAAUGAGCAACCAGCAGAACAAAAAUCACCGCCCGGUGUGAAAACCGAUGAGCAGGGCACGCAAAAUCGCCCGACCGCUAGAAAGAGCACUGUGCAGCGUAUCAAUGUUAGCAAAAACGCCAACAGUAACGUCAACAGUAUCAACAUUACCGCCCCGAGCGUCAUUUCCCUGAACCAAAAACCGAUUUACAUCGAUUUGGACAAAGGUCGAAGCCAUGGCAAAACGGUCCACUAUAAUACGAACAAGUAUCGUGGCCCACAGAAAUUCGUGCCACACACGUGCGGCCCACACUGUCUGUACAAAAUGCCCUCCAACCUACAUACGUACAACUUGCUGGCCAGACCACUGGUCACGGGCUGGGAGCGUCAUUUCUGCUAUAUCCGAGGAGUGAAAAAGUCCGGCACAGUGAUUAUGUACCGUGCACCGUGUGGUCGUCGUUUGCGCGAUAUGCAGGAAGUGCAUCGCUAUCUGAGACUGACAAACUGUGCCCUUAACGUGGAGCACUUCGAUUUCGAAGCGGAAAUGCUUGUGCUUGCGACGUUCAGUGCGCAAAACUUCCUGUUCGAAUGCAAGGAUCUCUCGUUCGGGGCAGAACUUAUGCCCGUGCACUGUGUGAACAACUACGAAAACAUGCAGCCACCACCGUGCGAAUACUCGACCGAACGCAUUCCGACCGAGGGUGUGAACCUCAACCUGGACAAGGAGUUCCUUUGCGGGUGCGACUGUGAAGACGAUUGUUUGGACAAGAGCAAGUGUCAGUGCUGGCAGCUGACAAUAGCGGGCGUCCGGUACACCAAUCCAGACGUGGACAUCAACAACGUGGGCUACGUGUACAAGCGAUUGUUUGACCAAAUCCAUACGGGCGUUUACGAAUGUAAUGCACAGUGCAAGUGCAAGAAGGACAAAUGUUUGAACCGUGUCGUGCAGAAUUCGCUCCAGACGAAGCUGCAGGUGUUCAACACACACAACAAGGGUUGGGGCAUCCGGUCCAUUAACGAUGUGCCGAUGGGUAGCUUCAUCUGCAUUUACGCGGGCCAUUUGUUGACCGAGGAGGCCAGUAUAAAGAUAUGCGAACUAAGCGAAAGCAAAACGGGCGACGAGUACUUUGCCGAUCUGGAUUACAUCGAAACAGCGUUGAAGACGAAAGACCAAUACGAAUCGGAUGCGUACCAAUCGGAUAAUGAGCGGGAUGCAACACCGUCGGACGAGUGGGAGAUAGAGCUGGAGAAGGAAAAGUUUACCUCGGCGCAGGACUCCGAUGAGGAAUACACCUCCAAAACGUUACCGAGUGCUACGGCCGUAAAAACACGGGCACAGUCCAAAAGGGCCAGCACGACGGAAAGGCCUAGUGCGCCUGCUACAAAGGAAAAGGAGCCCAUCAUCGGUAUGAAUGAUGAACAAGAGUGCGUUAGUCUGAUACCCAAUCCCGAAAUGAAACCCGAAGACAAUUCAAGGCCUAAUGCGGGGUUGUUAUUCCGUCGGCUGUACGGCGACAAGGACGAUGUCUUCAUAAUGGACGCAAAGAAGUCGGGUAACCUUGGUCGAUACUUUAACCAUUCGUGUGUUCCCAAUCUCUUCGUGCAGAACGUGUUCGUCGAUACGCACGAUUUGCGGUUCCCUUGGGUGGCUUUUUUUGCCUCUAAAAAUAUUAAAGCUGGCACGGAACUAACGUGGAACUACAAUUACGAUGUGGGCUCUGUCAGUGGCAAGGUGCUGAACUGUACCUGUGCCGAAAAGGGUUGUAAGGGUCGGUUACUGUAA